ACUCACGCCGAAUCGCCGCUCGUAAGCGGCAGUCGAUUUCUCGCGGAUCGAUUCCGCCUCUCCCUCUUUUCGACGCUCAACCCCCGGGCCUCGGCGCGUCGGACUCUUUGACUCCAUCAUUAACAUCAUCGGCAACAUCAACAACAACAUCAACAACAACAACAUCAACAACAACAUCACACCAUCGUCAACAGCAGCGACAUCAGCAUCAGCCCGUGCCGCCAUGGGGGGAUUCUUCACGCGACUCUUCGACACCCUCGUGGGGAAGAAGGAGAUGCGCAUUCUCAUGGUGGGGCUCGACGCCGCCGGCAAGACGACGAUCCUCUACAAGCUCAAGCUCGGCGAGAUCGUCACCACCAUCCCCACCAUCGGGUUCAACGUGGAGACUGUGGAGUACAAGAACAUCAGCUUCACGGUGUGGGACGUGGGCGGCCAGGACAAGAUCCGUCCCCUGUGGAGACACUACUUCCAGAACACGCAAGGGCUGAUAUUCGUGGUGGACAGUAACGACCGCGAGCGAGUGAACGAGGCGAGGGAGGAGCUGAUGCGGAUGCUUGCGGAGGACGAACUCCGGAACGCCGUACUGCUCGUGUUCGCUAACAAGCAGGACCUGCCCAACGCGAUGAACGCGGCCGAGAUCACGGACAAGCUGGGCCUGCAUUCGCUGCGCCAGCGGAACUGGUACAUCCAAGCGACGUGUGCCACCAGCGGGGACGGCCUCUACGAGGGCCUCGACUGGCUGUCGAACCAGCUCAAGAACCACAAGUGAACGCGGGCCGUCGGAGGCGGGGAGGAGAGAGGACGCACGCACACACACUCGCACGCAGGCGCUCGCGCGCUAGCACGCACGCACGCGCAGAAACACACGGACGUUGCCGGGGGCAGACGCGUGCAGAGACACGAGGACAAACGCACGCACACGCAGACGCAAAGGCAAAGAUUUCCCCGUGUGGCCUUGACAGACCUGCCGGGGCAAGCGUUGUCAGCGAGCACCUACGAAGGCCGGCGAGGUGCACGCGGGCAAAUGCUCGGGCGCGUUCACGCGGUCACGCGCACGUGUAGAAGCGUACCAGACCCACGCGGGGACACACGCACAAACGCAUACACGGCUUCGUACAGACACAGGCGCGCGCCGCACGCGUGCAGGGACGCACAGAUGCAGAUAGAGCACACGCGCUGGCAUGCGAGCAAGUCGCAAGCCGCAUAUACGCACAUGGACACGUGCCCAGAUGCACGUAUACAAAUGCACGUUUCAAUACGGACGCAAAGCAAAGAACCCCCGUGUAGCCUUUAAGAGACUGUUGGGGCAAGUGCUGUUGGUGAGCACCUAUGCAGGCCGGCAUGGCACAUGAGGGGGUGGGUGGCCAGCACCACGCCCGACCGCCUUUGUCUUCCCA